GGUGGUGGUGAUGGUGGUGGAGGGGUGACUCUGACCUCAGGGCCGUCCGCAGGCCUCGUCCGGGAGCAGGAGGCUGGGCUGCUGCAGUUCCUCCGCCUGGAUGGCUUCUCCGUGCUGAUGCGGGCCAUGCAGCAGCAAGUGCAGAAGCUCAAGGUCAAGUCGGCAUUCCUGUUGCAGAACCUGCUGGUGGGCCACCCUGAACACAAAGGCACCCUGUGCUCCAUGGGGAUGGUCCAGCAGCUGGUGGCCCUCGUGCGGACGGAGCACAGCCCCUUCCAUGAGCACGUGCUUGGAGCCCUGUGCAGCCUGGUGACAGACUUCCCGCAGGGAGUGCGUGAGUGCCGGGAGCCCGAGCUGGGUCUGGAGGAGCUCCUCCGUCACCGCUGCCAGCUGCUGCAGCAGCACGAGGAGUACCAGGUGCGUGGGGUGGGCAGCAUCCGCUGCCAGCUUGGCUCCCUCCCUCCCCCGCCAUUCUGUGGUGGUUACCACGGGCGCCCUGUGUCCCUGCAGGGCAGCGAGGAGGAGGGAUGGUGUGUUAAAGGUUUUCAUUAAGUUGAUAAGAAGUAGGUAAAGGAUGAAUAAUUGUAUUAUCGACUAGAUAGUGUAAUUAAAAAGUGAUAAGUAACCCAUUAGAUAUGUAAUUAAUAGAUAAGAAGUAAUAAUUCAGUAGAUAAACGAUGGGUCAUUUAAUAAUUUAAGUCAUUUAAUAAUUUUAGUGAUUAAUUCAGGGACCUGAUUGG